AUGGCAAAAUCAGUGAAAGUAAAUAUUAUCACAAAAGAAACAAUCAAACCAUCUUCCCCAACUCCUCAACACAAUAGACUUAUUAACCUCUCCCUCUUUGAUCAGUUAAAUUUUGCCAUGUCCACACCUGUAAUUCUCUUCUACCCAUCUUUGAAAAAUGUCAAAAAAAUUAAUAUUCAAAAACAACAGUCUGAAAAGCUGAAAUUAUCCUUAUCAGAAGCUCUUAAUAUUUUUUAUCCAUUAGCUGGUCAUGUUGUAAACAAUUCUUUCGUAGAAUGUAACGAUUACGGUAUUGAUUAUGUGGAAGCGAAAAUAGAUUGUACCAUUUCGGAAAUAUUCGAACAACCCGAUCAUGAUUUGCUUUCGAAAUUAAUUCAUGUUGAGCUAAAUUCUGUAUUAACAGGCGCUAUAAUUCAAGUAAACUUUUUUUCAUGUGGUGGAUUAGCAAUUGGUGUUAGUCUUUCUCAUAAGAUUACUGAUGCUGCCUCUUUAGUGAUAUUCCUCAUGAAUUGGGCCGCUAAAUCUCUUUCCGUGGCUUCCACGUCGUCGUUGAUUCCACAUUUUGUCGCUGAUACUAUAAUUCCGUCGCUAAAAGAUCCUCUAAUCCUACCACCUCCACCGUCGCUAAGGAUGCCAAAGUGUAAAACAAACAGAUUUGUUUUCAUGGCGUCGAAGGUCUCUGCUCUGAAGGCGAAAGCUGCUAGCGUACAUGUGCAAAACCCGACCCGUGUUGAAGCUGUGACUGCAUUUAUAUGGAAAUGUUUGAUGAACAUAACAAAAUCAAAGCAAUCCGAGUUAUUUGCAAGAGAAUCUGUUGUUAUACAAGCUGUUAACCUUCGAAAAAGAUUCGUCACGCCUUUGCCUCAUAAUUUCGUCGGAAACCUGUCGGGGAAAUUCCUGGCGAAAACAAAGGUCGGAAAUGAUUUAGAGCUAUCAAAUUUAGUUUCUCUUUUACGACAAGGGUUGGACAGGGUGUCCGAAGAUAUCGCGAAUUUAGGUCAAACAGCUACGAACUUCGGAGGAAUACUAAAAUUUGCGAAGGAUUUCGGAGAAAUGCAUAAUAAAGAUAAUGUAGAUUUAUAUACAUUUACAAGUUUGUGUGGAUUUCCAUUUUAUGAGAUUGAUUUUGGGUGGGGAAAUCCAAAAUGGGCAAUUGCCACAAAUUUGGUGCUAAAGAAUUAUAUAGUGAUGAUCGAUACAAAGGAUGGAAAAGGAAUUGAAGUUUGGAUGUCUUUGGGUGAAGAAGAUAUGGACUUGUUUGAAAGAAAUGAAGAGUUACUUGAAUUUGCUUGUAUAAAUCCUAGCGUUAGCUAUGGCGACAUAAAGGCUCACCCAUCGUGUCUGUAGGUAGAAAUUCUUAUAUGCGGCGGACCUUCAUAAACUACACUCACACAGAACCAGAACUUUAAUUCAGGAGGGGCGGAAUAC